AUGACACAAGAAAACAUGAUAAACGAUAUGUACCCGCUAGCAGCAUUGCUUAUAUAUGCAACUAACCAGCAAGUGACCAAAGAGAAGAUUGACUCUGUGUUCAAGUUCUUUGGACUGGAAAGCCAUCCGAAGAUCAGUGAGUUUUUUGAAAUGGACGCACUUGAGAUUAAGACUCUGUUGAUGAGUAGUACCCAGGAGGCAGCAGCCCCUGUGGAGGCCAAGGCUUCAGCUGAUGUCCCUGGGGACGCAGGAAAGAAGGAAGAGCCUGAGGAGGAAGAAGUUGAAAUCGACUUUGGAAUGUUCUGA